AUGAUGUUUUCAGACGUAAUUCGGCAUUUGAAAGAAGGUUAGUUCAAGGACACUCCUUGUCGCCCAUUUUAAAAACGUUCUGGGAGCUUAUUUUGCACAUUUAAUUUGCCGUGAUGCCCUUUCUGAUAUCCGGUGUGCCUGCUUUGACUACAGGCGCAAUCUCCGGUCCUUUCUCGACCAUUGACAUAUAAUGGCCGACUAAAGGCUCUAUCCCUGUCGAGUAAAUCGGAGACACUUUAUUCACCGGAAAAGCCGAACAGACUCUCGUCUUCUGUAAUCUACAGAGCUUCGCACUUUGUGUAGCGGCAUUAAGAGUCGUUUCAGAAAUAAGGAUAUGAUGAAGACUCACGUCAGCCGGUCUGGUAUGCUUCCUGGCAAGAUCUCAUUUCGUUGUCGUAUCUGUUAGGGGUUGGGGUUAUGGGUUAUUGUUAGGGGUUAAAGGCUAGUGGUUAGUGUUAGGGGUUGUCUUUACGGUUAGGGUUAAAUCAUCUAUUGCCGCCGGUCCUGUACGACUGUCGGCUGAUGUUUGUCUAUUGCAGGUGAGGCUACGAAAUAAGAUCCGGCUUAUUGCGCUCUCGGGUAGAUCGCAGUUGGUAGCCAGGCCCCGUAUUUGUUUAUUGAGGCUUUUUUAUGGGGCUCCAUAAUCACAUCUGACCGAUUUGGCUUCCGUUUUACGUUCGAGGUUAGGGUUAGGGUACCGGUUAAUGGUUUCCGAUUUUCGGGUUAGAGUUAUGCCUUUAGACUUAGGUUUUCGGGUUACGGUUAGGGUUUGAACGUACGAUUAGGUUUCAGUAUUACGGUUAGGUUAUUGAGUUACGGCUAUGUCUAAGGACUACGGUUACGUUUACGAUUUCGGUUAGGGUUAGGGUUGCCGUUAGGAUUAACGGUCAACGUUUAAGUUUGAGGUUAGGGUUAAGGUCGCCGUCCGCUUCCCCAUUCUUGGCUACCAACUGCGAUCUGACCGCGCUCUCAUUAAAGUGACUGACAGUUUGGCAGUGUUUAGGCGAUAAAGGCACGGGGGACUCACACCUCCGUUCAUUCUGAAGUACUAUCGAGCUUUAAUUAACUAAACGUGCGGGGAUGAAUACUCUCCGCGCAUUGCAUGGUUAGCCACAUGUGAUCAUUUUUCAGGGUUUGAGAGUGAUCGGCGUCAGGAUGCACUAUGCCUGAGGUUGCUAAUUUCACUACUGCAAAAGGAAAUGGCUUUCAUCUUGCAGAGCGUUUCCGUGGACUUUUUGGCGAAGACAUUUCGCUUAUCACAUCGAUCAUGUCCCCCAUCAAAGCUUAAUUCAGCUUUUUCGCAUUGCUUUACGGUCUAUAACAAUGCAGGUUCUCUGAUAACGAUAAUUUUCGCAGUCACUCACUGUUUCCUGGCACUCCCAAGCAACUGAUGACCCAAUUUGGAGAUUGAAUUUUGACCCAGUUAACCCGAGUAAUUUUAUUGUAAUGACGCUGAGGAAUGGUCGACCGCUGACCUGACAUUAUCCUCUUCCGGAAGUCCGUUGGAGUAUGCGCGAAAGACUAUUUUGGGAGUCCUCUUUCAGGCAGCCAUUGCAUAAACCCGUGACAGCUUUGAAACUGUUGAAUGUGGGCGUCAGACGCAGAGCGAAUCUGCAGGGAACAUCGAAUGGAUGGAUUUCAAAUGAUGGUGGAGCGGGUUUUUUAAUUAGUUGCAAGGACAUUUUAGGUGUUUAGACACUAUCACCUUAUUGCCGAUAGAGCCGAAAAUGCGAACUUCGAAAAGCAGAUCAGAAGAAAAAGAUGCGGUCGCUGGAAGAAGACGAAGAUCAUUGGUCGGACAUUUCAAAUUCUCACUCGAUCCCUUCAUCAGACAGUUGCAUAUCAGUGUGAUAGAGACAAAAGGAGAGAGGUAUUUCUCGGACGCAGCUGUCAUGACACCGCGUACGUACUGCAAUUGACAGCCCUAACGUUCGUGGCUGCGAUUUAUAAGGGAUAACAUUAUGGCAUGUCAGUCCACACCUGAGUCGAUACUUGCCGUUAUUUCAUAACCGUAGUUGAUUCUUGGAGUGAUCAUAACUCGGCAAUUCGGCUUGAUUUCGUUGGAACUGUUAGUCGUCCCCGGCCUCCUCGCAGGGACGAUUUUGCCCAGGCAAAGUCAACAGGAAAUCCGGAAGCGCGGAUCGUAUGCUCACACCCGUUUAUGUCAAUAGUCGCCUUGUGGCAGCCUACGGGAAUCCAAAUAAAGCGCAACGGCAGAACGGGACAAGUAGAUCCUGUAACGCGAUUGGUGGGUGAUCGGAACCGACGGGACAACGAGCCAUGACUCAGUAAUUAGAGCGCUGAACCAACGGAAAGCGGGUUCGAACCUCAGGGGUUGGGAAUGGCUGGUUGAUGGCAGCUUAUAGACCAGAAAUGGCCAUUUCAGUCUUCCUUGCUUUCGUCGGCAAUCUGAUCGCGAUGGUUAAUUGACUGUGACUGUCAAAACUAUCACUCAAGCUGAUCGCAGCUCACUCCAUUUUCACAUCGUGCAAGAAUUUCGGCUUUAUAAAACUUGGAGGUCUGACUGGGUCCCGUCGAAUGAGCCGCCACCCGAGGGCUGGCGUUAUUCAUCCGCACCGCCGUCUCGUGCUGGGCCACCCACAUCUGGGGUAAACUUUCGGCUCCUCCGACGCAGUCGGUUUGUCCGUAAUUGCACCAGGUACGGCAAACGACCGUAAACGUUUUCUGUCCUGGCAUUCGAUUUUUCGGUCUCAUUACCUCGCACCUGCUGGUGGCCUCCCGUUACUUUACUCCCAAAGGCGGUAGUAGUGUAAUUAAAGUGAGAUCUCGCUUGGGAACCCAAAAAGGAAAUAAAUUAACAUGUUUUCUGUCUUCACAUGCAGUUCAGACGUCUCUUUAAGGUGAAUAUAAAAGCACUUUAGUAUCUAGAAAUUCUCUCCCCGUUGACCAGCCUUCCCUUUUAGGUGAUCCCGAACCCUCUGUGGACCCGGAAAAGUUCACACUGUAUGACAUGCAUUUCUGUCCCUUUUGUCAACGCGUACGUUACACACUGGACUACCAUGAAAUACCGUAAGAAAACCUGUUUCUACCGUUAUCCCAUCUCUCUCCAACCUACUCACGCUUACCGUAUUUAAUCAGGACGUAUCAUUCAGACGACACAUGCUUCACAAUCUCUCAUUUAAAAGACGACUACAGCUACGACUUUAGCAAGCUUUAUACUAGCUGAUCUGCGUGAGUAGUCAAAAUCACGAUUUGGAAAUCAGCGCACAUUGCAGACUUCUGCUCUCUACAGGUCUUGUGCGUUGUAGUCCCUGCAAAAUAAAGGUUCCGAGGGCGGCAACAAUUUUAAGCUGUUUGUAGCAGGAAGGUGGCAGUAUUAUUCAAACCGGCGGUUUGUAAACAAAGGGGACUCUAUCCUGUCCUGAUUGUGACCUACUUUGGCGCAUCAAAAUGGGUUCUCGUUGAUAGUCGGCAACAGUGUGAACUGAGGUGGUAAACAGCAGAUGGGCAAGAAAGUGCGGAUAAUUCAUUUGCAAUGCCAUCCCGUAACGGAAAGCCUUUCAACCAACGCCCAUUCGCGGAAUCCGUAGACUCCUGUUUGUGCAUUUGCGAACGAUACUCGGAAUGACUUUCUAUCAUCGGAAUUAGAUAAAAGUUGGUAAAAAGCCCCUCGACUCUUUAGAUGUAUAAGGAGAUGUCGCGCGGAUAACACGUGGCCGCUUUUGAGUGAUUGCAGUCCACUUGCGUCCAAUUCUCUCACGAGAAGGCUGGCGUAUUCAGAACGGGAUCUACCUCGGUAUCAGCCUAAACAGUGCCAAUGAUUACACUCACCUCCUCUGUCGUCUCGCAAGUAACUUACGGCUCUCUGCAUUCCAGAAUUUUCAGCAACGCAUGGCUUUAUACAUGAUGACAAACUUUAAAAAGAUAACUGUACUUGACCGCAUGACAACGGACUAAUUGCCACCAUGACGUUUGCUUUCGUUGGAGUCAAAUGCAAAUCCCCCUUCAUUACCUUAACACAAUUGUACGAGGUUCCUUACAACCUGUCGUCAGUCUGUAUUCGCCUGCCCAGAAAAGCCCGGCAUCAAGCCAUAACUCGCUUACAGUCUCUGACCAACCAUGCCGAUGAGGUCGUACCCAGCGAAGGCAAUUUGGAGCGGUUCUUUCCACACGCUAAGCGCACGAAUUUGACCCCGUUUUUGUAUUACCGGCUUCCCCUGAAAGCGAGUUUUUCUCUAAUCGCAGUCGUCUUCGUGAGGACUUUAAGCGGAGGAAGACUGUUCUACUCAUAGAAAAACAUCCACGAAAGUCCGUGGCAUUGAUAUAUAGAACCUGUAUAACCUGAAAUCACAUGCGAAGCGUUUUGUUUUAAUGUGCUAAAUGCGCCUAACAACUGAAUCGCCAAAUUUGAGUGACUUUGCUACUUAAACCGCCACUUCGUGACCAAAUUGACCCGUCUGAUUUGGCGAGCGAAAAUUACCCAAGAGUAUUGCUCAUAUUCCCUGUAGGAUAGGUUCUUGUUUAUUCUACAAUGUCCCCGUCGACAUACUCAUCCGUCAAAGUUGGGCCCAAUAUGUUGCAUCAAAGCGACAGGAGUGUAUUCGGCGCUCUACAAUCCCUAGGGCUAAAUUCCGAGUUGCAAGAAAAGAGGCAAGCUACCUUCCUCUCGGGUGACAGUGGCCACUGGUGAAGCCAGGGCUGGUGUUUACUGCGUCCAAUCAUGUCCGAGAGACCUUGUAGCAGUGGUGGCAGCUGCCAUUGCAUUGUAGCGGCCGAGGACGUCAAGGGUGGCACACACCAAAGUAUGAGAUCACUGCGAGGAGAUCCUGACGGAGGUAGAUAUGAACAGAACCGUUAACAUCUCUUGGUACGCAUCCAAGAGAAGAAGGCAGGUCGGGUAAGGGAUAUAGUGUAAUAUAACGAGGUGGGCAGGGGAAAUGCGUAUACUAAUUGUUAAUAGUAAAGGAAGGAUGAGUUACAGCUGUAGAAUAACCUGUCUGGGUGAAGAGGCGAUACCGAAAUGCCAGCUAAGUAUCCGGUGGGGAACGCAGCGCUGUGGCCAACUGCAGGGGAGGGUCGAAGGAGGUGCCGACGUAGAGAGGAGGACAACGAUACGAAAGUCACGGUACGAUGCGGGGAAGGGGUCGGCGGAAGUGAGAGGGAGGGAGGGAGGGUCACCGGUCAUCUUCACCAGCAUGCGGUUACGCCAUCUCCACCCUAGGUCCGCGCGCCGAAAAGUUUCACGCCACCCAAACAACCCUGUUCAGAUCAAGGGAAGUUAAAGUAUGUUGGUGGGGCAGUCUAAAGUGCUGCCGAAUUGGUGUGUUGACUUUUCGAGGGGCGGUGUUCACGUGACUUGUGUUGCGUCCGCUUGGGGGAUGGUGUGUGCUCAGGUGACGCAUGCAGCCAUGUGGAUGCAUGCGUCCGAGUUGAAGUCGGUCUAGUGGCUGCAGAUCAGCGCUUCUGGAACCGCUGGCUGCGAAGUGGUAUGACCUUGACGCAACGGAGCCCUGAAUAUGACCAUGACGGCUGUCAGCAACAAAUACACGAAAUGUUCCCGAAUGCCAAAAAAUACCGUCCAGUUAUCCGCCCUCUUUCAGACUGUACUUUCACUGUUUAGCCCUGACCUCUGUGCGAGUGCUUGUUACUUCCAUUCCUUGGCGUCGUAUGCCCACGCUGCUUGUUUUACUUAACAGAUAUUUAUUGUUUAGUCGUUACCACUGGUAUUUUCACCUCUCAGGUACAACCGCAUAUUAAUCAACCCCACUUCAGAACCCAGUUGGUACCUAUGGCUGAAUCUAUCGGGGAAGGUCCCGCUACUGCUCUAUCGGGGUGAGAAACUGACUGAGUCAGAUGUUAUCAUGAAGUAUGUCGAUCAAUUCAACGGCGCCGAUGCCUCUCUAUUGAACGUUUGCGGCGACGAAGCGUUUAAGGAGGCCUUGGAUUUGUCGUCCUCCGUAAGUCUACUGAAUACCGUAAUGUUCACUAAUGGCAUCUCUGGCGGUGCUAGAUAAGAAGGUUGUGUGAUAGAAUCGGCCCAAACCGGACAUCAUCAUCAUCAUCAUCAUCAUCAUCAUCAUCAUCAUCAUCAUCAUCAUCAUCAUCAGCGGCAGCAGCAACAUCAGCGGUGGCAUCAUCACCAUUGGCAGCAACACCGCCACGGACGCCACUUUCAAUCAUCCACCAACCAAUAAUCCACCGUCCUCUUUCUACUCCACAACUCCAAUUUUUGAUAUAUACGUGAUCUGUACAAGCCAAGGGAGACGAAAUAUUCAGAGUAUAGUGACAUUAUAAGAUUGCAUGACGCAUAAUUCAACUGCGCAUGAUCAUUGAAUAUUAAUAGGGCAAUAACAAAACGGCCAAGGGGGAUCAAAUACGAUACGUAAAUAAAAACAGGGAAUAUUGGUCUGACAUGUGGGGAGGGGCAUGGUGUGAGGGAGGAGAAAGUUGUACAGAUGAGUGCGUUCGACGGAUAGAACCAUUUAGGGGCUAGAUAACAGUUGGUAGCCAGGAAUGGGGAAGCGGACGGCGACCUUAACCCUAAUCCUAAACUUAACCCUGACCCUAACCUCAACCUUAAACGUUAACCGUUAACCCUAACGACAAUCCUAACCCUAAUCGAAAUCGUAAACGUAACCGUAACCCUUAGACAGAGCCGUAACUGAAAAACCUAACCGUAACCCGAAAACCUAAAGGCAUAACCCUAACCCGAAAAUCCGAAAACCAUUAACCGGUACCCUAAUCCUAACCUCAACCGUAAAACGGAAGCCAAAUGGGUCAGCUGUGAUUAUGGAGUCCCACAAAAUAGCCUCAGUAAACAAACCUCCCGCCACCCGUAAUACGGGUCCCGACUACCAACUGUAAUCCAGCCCAUUUAGGUACAAUAUUACUGUUGAAAUACUAAAGAUACCUUCUCAUUCGAAGGUGAAUUGAACGAUCAUGACAUACUGAAUAUGCACUUUACAUCACCUCACGUGCCGCCGAAUGGAACGUAACAGCGAGUUUGUGAUCAGGACAAGUGAGGUAAUUAAUGCAGUUACGCACUAAAAAUAUGAAUUUCUUGUGCAAUGGACAGUUGUACAGACAGAUCGACGGCGUGGCUAGAGGUAGUCGACUGGUGCUAGUCUAGUGGACAUUUUCAUGCCAAGCCGGCACUAGGUGAGCAGCUGGAUCACGUGAUCCACACUGUGGGCCAAGGCGGAUCACGUGAUCCAGCCGCCCACCUCGAACUGCCAUGGCAGGAGCCGAUGGCGGAACUGACCUCACGCCAUCACCCGUCCCUCGAUUUCCCCCGCACACGUGACUGACUAAUGUUCCAUGCCGUGCAGUUGUAAUUAACGGGCUUUCGUAGGCAAUUUUGAUCGCCCUGGACCGUUUCUUAUUUAACAGUUCAUCUUAUUAUUAUAACGCAGUGACUAGACGCAGUUGAAUAAGAAGUCGCAAAAUUUAUGACGCCAUUAGAUUCUGAAUAUUCUGCUGUCAUGUAUUUGUUCAGAUUUAUUUCAGGCAACAAUUGUUUCAACUUAGACUACCCCCUGGUCUAAUGACCAAAACACACCGACCUGGUCGUGAAGGUGGCGUGUGAACGAGUUUCAAUAGCUCCUGAUGAACAGGCUGAUGAUGAAUUACGGAAAACAUGCGCAUGCCAAUUUGAAUUUUCACCUGUAACAUCGGAAUAUUCGUAGAAUCUACAUUAUCAUCAUCAUCAUCAUCGUCGUCGUCGUCGUCAUCAUCAUCAUCAUCAUCAUCAUCAUCGCCGCCGCCACCACCACCACCAUCAUCAUCAUCGACGUUGUCGUCGUCCUCAUUGCCGUAUUUAUUAUCGUCAUAAUCGUCGUAUUUUUCCUUACCAACGCCAGCAGCAUUAGUAAUAUUAAUAAUGGUAAAUAUAAUGACAGUGAUCACUAUCGCAUCGCAAGUAACACCAUUAUGGUCAAUAGCGCCACCGAACGACCAUUAACAUCUUAAUCACCCUCCAAGUUAAGGACGUCCAUGCAUACAGAUAUUAAAUUAAAAAGACUAAGAAAUCGGCCACGAUAUGCGGUACUUUAUGUUGUGUCCUGUUACUUUUUGUAAGCUGCCGGCUUCCCCAUCCAGUAGAGUAGGGGACUUUUUUAGGUACAGCAAGAGUGUGAUGCAUAUGACGGAGAUCACGUUCACAACCUCGUUCUUACAGUCUCUGCAUAGCCAUUAUCAUCAUUAUCGACGUCACUGUCAAGCCUGUAAUCAUCGCAACAAUAACAACAGUGCCAUCAUCACGAGUGAUAAUCGCACUGGUUUUAAAGCAAGGACAGCAGAAUUUACUUGUACCAGAAAAUUUCGCGACGGCUUCUCAACUGCAGCCUGUCGUUGCAUAAGAGAAAUAACAAGUGAGAAAGGUACAGAGGUUUGAAUUUCGACAGAGAAAAUCAAUGUAAAACAGUAAGGGCAACGUAAACUGCGCGUAGACUAAUCGAUAAAGUGGUAACUUCAAAAUGCAACAUAGGAAUGAAAAUGUGGAAGUAAACAUGCCGAGGGAUUUCGAAAAUCAAAAGGGCUCAGGUCUAUCAGGGCAAGCUGAGGUUGACCACGUGGUCUAACUGUUUACAUAGGUCGGGUUUAUCCCGCCGUAUACAGGCUGCCUCCAGGUAGCGCAAUAACCGAGCAGUUCUUGCGCGAACUAAUACUCGAAAAGACGUUUUAUGGUCAACCGAAUGGCCACUAUCAAGGAGAUGGUUCGUAAUAGAAGACCGUGGAGUCUUAUUCUCCUGCUUUAGAAGCCAUUGAGGCAGGUGCUCAACUGACCUGGCUGCCAGCUGCCUUUGCGUUCGCCCAAUGUACUUGCAUCCACAAGUGCAUGUAAAUCCGUAAAUACAAUUUGACGUGGCGUGCAAUGACAAGGCAUACUUCGUCCGUGGAACUUGAAUAGUCUUAGUAGGGCUGCAGAAUAUGAGUUCAGCUGAGUUGUAAGUUCUUUCAAUGGCGCAUCUCAAUCGCCGCUUGAUGGCAUUUGAGAUGUUGUUGCGAACUUUUCUGGUACCAUUAAAUUCUGCUGUCCUUGCUUGCUUUAAAUUCAUUCCAGGAAAUAUUGCUUCAAAUCGCACAGGUAUUUAUAGAGCAUUGCUAUACCUAUCACCACGAUACCACCAGCGUAACGGGUAGCAGCACCAUUGGCAUUACUAUGGCCAUCUUCCCAGCCAAAACGGCCAACGCAUACAGAUCAAAUAUCUGCACUUCCAAAGUACCCGUAGGAACCUAGCGUACGAAGGUAAAAAGGCCAUCAUAACCCUUAGGUUGUGCCGCCUAUGCUGACCUGUUUGACGGUGUUUCCGAUAUUUUGCUGGUUUUGUUCACAGGCCAGCAACCUAGGAGUCACAACUUCGGUCGCCGUUUCAUGGCAUUCCAUUUUCACGUCAAAAUGCUGUCGAGUUCAUUAAACAUCCAACAACUUGUUUCGCCUUACGCACGUUGCCUAGAUCGCUCUUCCACGCCAGAAGCUGUGCUUCUCACCGGAGGCAACCCAAGCCGAUGCUAAGGCCCUCAAAGACGCUCUGGCAAAUCUGGACGAAGCCAUUAAGGGUCCCUAUCUCGUGGGUGCGUCAAUUUUACACUGUUUUUUUAGAGAACCUGUCCAGCACUGUUUUGCUCCGAAAGAGCCAGUUCCGAUACAAGCGAAGAUGCGGGUUCCAGGAACUAGUUAAUAAGAGGAGGAAGAGGAAGAAGAAGAAGAAGAAGAAGAAACGAUCGCUGGACCAGGGGCUUUAUUCGCUCGACGUUUCGGAUUCUCACUUGAACCCGUUUCUGCCACUGUCUCUGGUGAUGGGAUCGCUUCUUCUUAUCAGAGCCAUUUCCCUUAUCGUCGCACUGCGACAGCUUGAUUUUGUCUCGAGGUCCCUCUAGGCUUAUCUUCUAUUCUGUUGUCACGAAUGAUCCAUAAGGACAUAGCUCCAACGAAAGAAAAUGGCUUAAAAUACAACGUAGAUUACAUACACACACUUUGGGUCUCACACAAAAGCAGAAUAGGGCGUUUUGACUUGGUAGUCAUUAUCAUAAAGUAGUCUUUUUUCCUCCUACUUUCAACUAUCCUUAUCUUCCCAGUAUACCUUGCUUUCGUUCCCUGGCACAUCGUCUGUAUUGCUCAUGAAGUUGGUCUCUUGUCAAAACGGAAUUGUUUCCCCGCCUUGGUUUAUAAGAUGGGGAACUGACCUUGACUGAUUCAACUCUCGUCUCCCCUCCCGGAGAUGCGAGACUUCGUGAUUGAUCGAUUGUUGGAGGUGGACGGCGUGUCAGGCGACAGUGCUGAUAUGGCAAUCUCUCUGUGAGCCAAAGUUCUAAAGUACUGUUAGCUUAUGAGUCAGAAGACCCUUCGUCAUGAAGACCUCCCUUGAAGAUGAUGCUUUGGCUAAAUUCGUAGACAAUCGUGUCCUGAAAAACUCUUCGGCUAGAUCUCAGUUGGUAGCCAGGAUUGGUGAAGCGGACGGUGACCUUAACCCUAACCUUAAACGUUACUGUUAACGGUAACAGCAACCUUAACCCUAACUCUAACCCUAAUCGAAAUCGCAAACAUAACCGUAGAUCAUGAGUCAGAAGACCCUGCGUCAUGAAGACCUCCCUUGAAGAUGAUGCUUUGGCUAAAUUCGUAGACACUCGUGUCCUGAAUAAGUCUUCUUUUUAUGCUGUGUUCUUUCAGCUGUUGUACUUAUGGCUUCCGCCCUUUUCUGACAAUUAUUUUGCUCCAAAUUCUGUCGCGAAAUGAUCGGUAUUCGUUUUUUAUUUCGGCAAAUUAAUGUUUUAUGAUUUACGCGACAGAUUAUUGUUUAACCGCUACUCUACAGUCCUGCUCUGCACCCCCACUUGCUGGUCGUUCUGAUCGCAAUUCUUGCUAACGACCUGGCCUUGCCUAAAUGCCACACGGCGACGCCAUGCUUCAUUUAACUUCUCAUAUUAAAUGCCUGCCAAAUGUUUUUCUUAGGGCCGUCUCCUAUUUGGCUGCCCGAGAAUGAGCUUAAGUUGACAACUUCAUCAUCAAAGAAUGCCUUCGGUCAUAUAUUUAAUUACAGACACGUUCUGUGCUCUCAUUUAAAUGCGAAAUCGGGGUUUUGACUAAAAAUCAGUAACCAGGGGAGUUUCGGUGUUUCUCCCAUUGCCCACGAUCCCUAUCUUCUCCUAGCACAUCCUGUAUCUCCCUCUUGACGUUUGAUUUCCGUUUUAACAAAAAUUAUAUCAGUCAGACUUUCCUUCUUCUGCUUUUUACUUGCAAAGGUGAGAAGCUGAGUUUGGCAGACCUGGCUGUCUUACCCUUUCUGAAUGCCUGGGACCUAUUGAUGAGCCGACUGAUGAAGCUGGACGACGCCUCCGAUGCCAACGUAGAGACGGUCUCAGCUCAGUGGCCUAAAAUUCAAAAGUAUCGUCAACUCAUGAGUCGGAAAUCCUACAUCAUGAAGACUGCCUUCCAAGAUGAUGACUUCGCCACGUUCGCGGAAACCUGCCUCUUGAAUGAGUCAUCUGAGAGCUCCUAG